GCUCAGUCGAAGCUGAUGGAUGAUCUGCGGCCGAAUUUGGUCGGGGGACUGCUGGGGCUUCAGCAGGGCUUGCUGGAUGACCACGCGGCUCUCGCACACGGCGGAAACCUGUCCCAGCACAACCCAGGUGGUCAGGAGAGCAAGUUUAUGUCACUGCAGGACAACCGGCUGAUGGGGAUCGGUUCGCACGAGAACCGUCUGCUGGGGUUGGGCUCGCAGGAUCAUGGUCGAGCUGGAGUUGGUGGCCCGACGGGCGGUGCAAAUGGUGACAAGGCGAUAGGACAGCAACACCGGAAGUGUAGCAGUACUCCGGAGGAUUUCAGCGCCCUGUAUGGUGGGUUGGCUGGAACACCGAUUAGUGAUCAUCAUCACCAUCACACGCCAGCUCAUACGCCUCCGAAUCGGCUGUCGGACAACGGUUCCGUCUCGGCGGAAGGUGCUUUUAAAAAACUAAAACCCGAACCAAACAGCGGCCCACUCGGUUCGUCGGUCCCGGGCGGUAUCUCGUCCCCGGGGAGCGGCAUCUCGGCCCUGCCCCAGCACGCUGGCCACACGCCCACCACCGCAUCCUGUCCGACGCCGGCACGAAGGCGACACCGAACUACCUUCACUCAGGAACAAUUAGCAGAAUUAGAGGCGGCCUUUGCGAAAUCACACUAUCCGGAUAUCUACUGCAGGGAGGAGCUGGCACGGACCACGAAGCUGAACGAGGCCAGGAUACAGGUUUGGUUUCAGAAUCGAAGGGCGAAGUACCGCAAGCAGGAGAAACAGCUCCAGAAGGCGCUCGCACCGUCGGUCAUACCGUCCUGCAAUGGCAUGAUGCGCAACAUCCAGGGCUACAGCGUUUCGCGAGGUUAUCAACCGUAUCCACACCCAAAUUCAAUCAACCGGUAUCCCCAGGACCUGUUCCAGAUGGGCGCCUCCUCCUAUCCGGGCAUGACGCAGCCGUUCUCGAUGACGCACGGUUCCAACAUGGGCGCCGUUGGCGUUCGCCAGGACUCGAUGGGUAAGUCGCACGGCAUGACGGCCGAGGACGAAUGGUACAACAAAAGCUUAUCGGCGCUGCGAAUGAACAGCUCGCACCAUCCGAAUCUGUCCGCACCGAUGCUGCAAUACCAGACAUAA